AUGGGAGUUAAUCUUGAAGCAUCUGAAAUGCCUAAAUUCGCGACGGAGAUGCCAAAGCGCUGGUGUAUCGUUAACAGACAUAUAACAGGGAAAACUUACGAAGUUUUUCUUUUGACAACUUUCGGUGGCGCUAGAAGUUUUGAAGAGCUAGGCAUUAUGGCCCGCAUGUUUGGAAUGCCCAUGGGAGGCACCCAAUGGUUUAACGAUAUCCCUGGUCUAACCACUAUUCCACCCAUUUUUGGCUCAGAAAAGACAAGCUUCGUUUUUGCAAUUCCAGUUGUCCAUGUCAUUGGUCCCUCCAGUAUUCCUCGUACGACCAGAGUUCCCCCAUCUGAAUUGGAUCGACUGCGCAAAUUCUCUUUUGCAAAAUCAAAGGUUUUGGUCGAGAGGCAGGAGGAGAUUCGAAAGAUGGUACGAAAUUGGCGAGACCAGAAAAACUAUACCAGAAGAUAUUCCCCAGAACAAGAUCAAUUCAAACCCGUGCCUAGAUCUCUGCCCAUGUCUUUGGAAGACCCAGAAGAAAUGCAAGAAUUCACCGCCGAUUCCACCGCCAUUUCUUCUUCACGCUUCAAACCCUCAAAUAUCACUAUCCCUCCUCGUCAUGACAUCAGUUGGAUCUUGCGACAUAUGGCCAAAGAUAGCAACGCUUCAAAAUAUUUGAUUCAACAAAGGCCUGUUAAACCGCAGCCCAUGUCCCUACCAAAGCCGUAUUAUGCGCCACUACCAAUAUCAAUACCGAGAAUAAUGCGGUUCAUUCGUUAA